AGUCAUUCGCCUCCGUCUCCGAUUGUCUACGCCGGCCCGACCCCCGGCAUCCCCCUGUUCAACCCGUAGCAGCCUUAUGAGACCGAUUCUAGAUCAACUACAUCUUUCCUUCUCUCGCUUCUGACCCGUCACCUCCCGUUGGAGCCGAGUGUCUUCAUUUCAUGGGCGUCCCAGAUCCAACCGGCAUCAUGGAUCCGGUCGAAUGCUCUGCCGUCUAUAUCGAUCAUCGCGUUACAUCCGAGCGAUGGGUGUACCAGAGGUCGUCGGAUGCCUCGGCAGCCUCAUCAGCUAGCGAUUUCCUACUACCGGACGAACCAGAGUCACUACGGGAGGAUGUGGAGCUCCUGUUGGAAGUCAGCAAGCGGAUAUACCUCUGUUAUGCUGGCCCAUCCCUCGCGACGACCCUGGCUGAAAUCAGUGACCGGGCGCACGUGAACUGCACCCCCAUUUUGGCUUUCUUCGAUGUCGACCUCAACACGGAAGAGCCCGGCCUUGCGCGACGCAAGAGCAGUCGCGGUUCGUGGUCCGAUAUGUCGCCGCCGUCCCCGUCGUCCAUGCGUCGCGGGUUCACCUUCUCCACGCAAUCCGUCGGGUCGUACGACUUGAACCUCCUUUCCGGCUUGUCGGCCGAUAUUCAAGUCCAAGAGUCGGCGAAUCUCAUCAUCCCGGUAGCCAUCCUGCGCGCACCCCCUACUCGCUCUCUAUCUCCCACCAGCGCCCCCAUGGCCCAGCCAUUUCCCCAAGGGGGGAUUCCCGCCCCCCAGCACAUCUCCAAAUGCCUCGAUGCCGGUGCCGUCGACGUUAUAUCCGCUCCGUUGGUUCGAGACCGGGUACAAGGUCUGACCGUCCACGUUUAUCGAGCCCACAAAUCGGCCGUCAAAGAACAGUCUCGCUUUUUGUCGAAGAAGAAACUCCGAAAACACUCGUGGGUCGGCGUCAGUGCCGAGCAACCGUAUUCUUAUCUCCGCGAAGCAAUGGUUUCCAAACUGAUGAAAGGUAUCUGCAACCCCGAGGAGACCAUUGAAGAGUUCCAAGACCGGGAGUUGGAUGUUACCCCGGAACGCGUGCAAGUCGUCAAGGAGCAGAUCGGGAAGUGGGAAUUCACGGCCCAUGAGUUUUCCGACGAUGAACUUGUGCUGGGCGCUUUCGAGAUGCUCCAGCAUGCUUUUACAAUCCCCGAUCUGGAGGACUGGAGGCUCCCUCCUGGCGAACUCCGAACAUUUCUCCUUGCGUGUCGCGCCUCUUACAAUUCCUUCGUCCUCUACCACAACUUCCGACAUGCCAUCGACGUGUUGCAGUCCAUCUUCUGCUUCCUCCUGCACAUCGGUGCGCUGCCGCCGUAUGAAGAUAUCCCCCAAGAUGUCGAGUCAAAAAGCCCGAUCGCAUCCCUUCUCACCCCCUUCGACACCCUGACUCUGCUGAUAUCGGCGAUUGGCCACGACGUCGGCCACCCGGGUGUCAACAACUUUUUCCUGGUCAAGCUCAACGCCCCGCUCGCCCAAUUAUAUAAUGACAACUCGGUCCUGGAGGCCUUCCACUGCGCUGCGUUCUCUCAGAUCCUGCGCCGUUACUGGCCGGCCGCCUUUAAGGAUCGGCAACUUCGCAAGCUCCUGAUCAGCUCCAUCUUGGCGACAGACAUGGGGGUGCAUCAGAAAUUCAUGGAGCGGCUCGGGUCACUGCAGGAGAAGUUCGUCGAUAACAACCGGACUGUCGAUGGCUGGAAGCCGCAAGAUCUCGAUAUGUACAAGACCCUCGUCUGCGGGCUGCUGAUCAAGUGUGCCGACAUUAGCAACGUUUCACGACCGUGGGCCGUGGCGGAGAAGUGGACUCAGAUCCUGCAGGAAGAGUUCGCCCACCAGGGCGAGAUGGAGCAGGAAGUCGGGAUGGAGACCGCUCUGUUCGGCGGGCCCCCGGAACUGGGGAAUAUCUUCAAACUGGCGACCGGGCAGAUGGGAUUCAUGACUAUCUUCGCGCUUCCGCUCUUCGAGGGCGUCACACACAUCCUCCCGCAGAUGCGCUUCACCGUCGAGCACACCCGGACCAACCACGCCAAGUGGCAGUGCCUGGCCGAACUGGAGAAGAGGAAGCUGUCCCUGGAGGAACCCUGUCGGGCGGACCAACGCAUCUCCCCGCGCUCCACGAGCCCGCAGGUGGCGGUCGACCGGAGGUCUUCCAAGAAGAGCACUGCCCCACAUACGCCGGACCGAGCAUGCCCCGCUGGUGGGGAUGAUGCUAGUGAUUAUUUCGGGUCCGCCAGGUCCUCCGUGGUCUCGCGCUCUCCCGGCAACAUCAACGAGAACACGAUCAAGCCGGUCGUGUCGCCGGAUACGCCGGGCCCGGCGAUGGACAUCACCGGGAGCUCCCUUCCAGCAUCGCGCAAGUCGUCCAGCGCGGUCCCGGACCUCACCAUGGUUUCCAUCGCAGGCGCGUCCCCACGGCGGAGCGCACAAGCAGUGGAAGGGGGCCUUCCCUUGGGCGACCCAGGCGUCAUGGCCGCGGUCUGCCACACCGACAUGCCCCCAACAGGGUACGACCACCAUGCACCGUCCAGCACACGCGACUUUUCCCUCGAAGAAGAGAGUGGAGAACGCGCCAACAGCUCCCGAAAUGGCCCACCAAGCUACCGCCGCCACCACGCCAACACAAACUCAUCCGGCCGCGCCCCACCAUCCAACUCGCAGCGCAACAGUUGCACCCGAACCCACAGCCUGAGCACCUACAGCAACGCCAUGACACCCAUCUCCCCAGCCACCAACGCAACCAGCUUCCUCAGCGAAUACGGCGACGACAAAGCCCACGCCCCAGACAGCGCAGAGCCCGACGACAGCGACUUCAGCAGCGCCCACCCCGAGUCCUCCAUCCAGUACACCGUAUCCGACCGCGACGGCAGUAACUUCCAGUCCGGCGACAGCCACACCUCGCACUCGCAGGCCGAAGACACCGGCAAGGGCCCGAGCCCAGAAGGCCUGUGCAUCCCUCCCUCAGGGAUGGACCCCGAGCACGGCGGCAGCGGCAGCCCGACCCUCUCCGCGACGCCGACGGGGAGCCACGGCCCGCCGCCGGAUGAACCCCCAGCGGCGAGACGUCGCCCCGACGACUGAUGAAGCGGCGGAGUCGGCUGCGGUUGGCGUUUUGGCGUCGGAGGCCACAUCAUUCGCCGCAGCAUGAGCUGAGCGGGGAGUCGUGACUAUUCUUCUUCUUCUUUUUGCUCUUCUUCUUCCUCUAUUUCUUUUGAAUACCUACCUACCUCGGCUUUAUUACCUA